GAUUUUCACGUUAACCAACACUGACAUAUAGCGACAGAAAAGCAUCAAGUAAAAAAGGGAGAAAAUUUUAUUGCCAUAAAUUGCAUAUUUCUACGUUUUAUAAAGGAGGAUGAAGAAAACCAAAAAAGUACAAAAACUAGAAAACUAUUUGAUGGGACGAGAGGUGGAGAAGAUAAUUACCGUGGUAGACAUGGGAUUGGAGACCAAGACCGAGAAAGACGUGAAAUCGGAGACCAAGACCGAGGUAGACAUGGGAUUGCAGACCAAGAGCGAGAGGAAUUUGAAGGUGCUGGUCAAAUUCAAGGAUCAGAAGAAUCCUGAGUUUGUUUCAACAACUUUGGCCAAUGAGCAAAUUACACAAAUGAUUAUCAAGUUCUAUGAGGAACAUGUUUGCUUUCUGACACCAGAUAGCAAUGCUUAAAUAAAUUGGCACUUUCUUUUUCAAAAGCA